AUAGGUUGCUACAUGAAAGAUAAACCAUGAAGAUUGUAAUUGCUUUCCUAGUUGUCUGUACUUUGGGUUACAUCAGCUGUGAAGAUUGUCCUACUAAUAAUCCUGACCGGGAAUGUGACCACAUACAUUGUGAAGAUCAUUGGCAUAAGGCUUGUGUAUCAAAUACCUGCACCUGUCUACAUAGUACUGACGGGGGACAAGCAUGCACAACCAAAGCCGAGUGUGACGCCAUAAAUGGUUGGUCCUGUUCAAACUCACGACGACAUUGUAUAGAUGGCAGAUGUCGUUGUUCUAGAUUUUAG